UCCCUCUAUUCUCCAUAGUUGUUUCUCUCUCUUUAUCUCUCCCUCUCAAAAAUAAUAAUAGUGGAUGCAAAAAUGAUGAUGGCACAACAUGGCAAUAAUAGUCUAACACUAACUUCACCUUAUCAAUGGAUGAUGAAGUUGAAGCAUAAAUCAAAAUCUCCCUUUGUAGUUGGAGUUCUUGCAAGGCCAGCUGAGAAUAUUGCUCAAGAAACUAAUGUCUACAAAGAUAAUUGGUUUGAUCACUUAGCUAUAAACCAUUUAUCAAAAAGUGUUCAAGCAUCAACAGGACACAGUAAUAGAAAGAGUGGAUAUGAGAGCCUUGUAGAAGCAGCGAUGGUGGCUUAUAAGGAAUUUAAUUCUAAUGAACAGAAAGAAGUUAUCAUUCAAGCACUUGAUAGAGCAUUUCCAAGGCCAAUACUUAUGUUGAUAAGGACAAUGCUACCACCAUCUAAAUUUGCAAGGGAAUAUUUUGCUGCUUUCACCACUUUGUUCUUUGCUUGGUUGGUCGGACCCUCCGAGGUGAGAGAAUCAGAGAUGAAUGGAAGAAGAGAAAAAAAUGUAGUCCACAUAAAGAAAUGCAGGGGAAAAAAGUGGGGUGUGAAGAAACGAACCAUAGCAGUGAUAGCAGUGAAGGUUUGUAGUAUUAUUGUCGCUGCUAUUUGCUCUGCUUUUGUUGCUGUUGUUGUUACUGUUGGGACGUGCCACCAUAUUCGUGGAUACCAAAAUAACAAACUUUGGCUUUAG